UUGAAGCAGAAUGAAAAAAGAACCAACCAUUUAGAAUUUUUGCCGAAGGAAAUAACAAUUAAGUCAGAAAAUGGUCGAAAUGACAAAUGUUUGACUUUUGAUAAAGUAUUUGAUGUAAAUACAAAACAGGAGACUGUAUACAAUACUGUUGUCCGGCCAAUGAUCAAAGAAGUUUUACAGGGCUACAAUUGCACUGUUUUUGCAUAUGGACAAACUGGCACAGGGAAAACAUAUACAAUGACAGGGGAACAAAUUGUUCCAGGCCAAGAGAAUGUACAUGCUGGUAUAAUUCCUCGUGUGAUGGAGGAUAUCUUUAAUGAACUUGAAGCAUCAAAUUGCAAGUAUCAAGUGUCAAUCAUAUACAUUGAAUUAUAUAACGAGAAAUUGCGGAACUUAUUGGAUAGUCAAAGUACAGUGGAUGAUUCAAUCAUGGAUUCCAACAUACAGAUGCUCGAUGAUAGAGAGGGUGGUGUGGUCCUGAAAGGUCUGGUGCCCAUUCCUGUCAAGUCCAGGGAUGAAGCGUUUAGGAUACUGUGUGAAGGUGCACAAAAACGGCAGAGUGCUGCAACUUGCAUGAAUAUGAAUUCCAGUCGAUCUCAUACAAUCUUCACUAUCAACGUGAACAUCAAGGAGAUUGCAAUUGAUGACAGAGAAGAUGUGAUGAGAAUCGGCAAACUUCAUUUGGUGGACUUGGCAGGAAGUGAGAACGCUUCCAAGUCUGGUGCCAGUGACAUGGCCAAUCGCAAUGCGCUCGGAGUCAAUCGACGGCUGACAGAAGCAAGCAACAUCAACCGGUCGUUACUGACACUGGGUCGAGUAAUUACUAGCAUCACUGAAAACAAUCCACACAUCCCGUACAGAGAAUCUAAACUAACUCGCUUACUGAGAGACUCUUUGGGUGGAAGAACAAAAACUUGCAUAAUCGGGACAAUAUCUCCUGCCCAGUCCAACCUUGACGAGACGGAGAGCACCCUCAACUAUGCGUACAAGGCUCGUUCCAUCAAGAACAAACCGGAGAGAAAAACAGAAAUAUAUCUGACAAAGAGUUCAUGCAGGUUGUUGAUGGAAAAAUAUCCCACCUCAAACACGAACUAGAAUCUUUGAGGCAAGCCGAAGGAUUUUACAUAUCUACCGAGACCAGUGAGGAAAUGGUGUCACGCAUACAAGAAUUGGAAAAUUAUUUGAAAAACAGUGAAGAAGAAUACAACAAUCUGAAUACUGCUUAUUUGGAA